CACCGUUCCGAGGGUUUGGGGGACCCAUCGGCGUGGAGGAGAUUCCUUGGGUGCCUCCGGCGGGCCGCGUAGCCAUCAGAGCGGGCGAGGAAAUGGGACUGAAGAAAAUCGACUACAACACGGACACAAACAUUGGCAGUUCUUUAUACCAAAUAGCAACCAAAAACAGAGAACGAAUUUCAUCAGCCGACGCCUUCUUGUUGCCGGGUCUUCAACGACGAAACCUUAAACUGCAAAUCAACUCUCAAGUGAUACAGAUUAUCCUGAAUGCUGACAAUCGAGCCAUUGGAGUGAAAUAUGUUCACAACAAUGAGGUGAAGCGGGCGUUCGCUCAACGGGAAGUGAUAAUAUCGGGCGGCGCAGUUGAUACUCCCAAGCUGCUGAUGCUGUCGGGGAUCGGACCCCGUGAACAUCUGGAAAAACUCGGGAUUAAAACUCGAGUCGACCUUGCGGGGGUUGGACAGAACCUACAAGAUCACGUAAUGGUUCUGGGAUUAAGUUGGACCAUCAAUCCCAACAUCUCGACUUCUAUCUUUGCACGGAUUGGUAAAAGUGCCAUGCUGGACUAUAGAGAGAGGAGAUCAGGUCCGUUGACAGCUCCGCUCGGAGUGUGUGCGCUGUAUCACCUGAACAUCGACAGCCCUCACGAGCCCCAUGUUCCUGACACGCAAAUAUACAUGUUUUGUAUGCUGGAGGGUCAAUUAUACGGACUGGCCAGCUAUCAACCACUUAAGCAAUCGGUUCAAGAUUACACUCGACCAAUCUACGGAAGAGAUGGCUACUACAUGACCCCGAUGCUCGCCAGACCCAAGAGUGUUGGAUCGAUCACGCUUAGGUCGAAAAAUCCUUUCGAUCCGCCAAUCGUAGACCCCAACUGCCUCAGCCAUCCUGAUGACGUCGAGCUCAUGGUCAAAGCUUCUAAGGCCUCGCGCAGGCUGGGGAAUGCCAAGAUAUUCCGAAGUGUACUCGGUGCUGAAGCUUUUAAUGAGCCGGUUCCUGACUGCGCGCAUUUCGAGUUCGAGUCAGACGCUUACUGGCGGUGCUACGUGCACGGCUGGAGCACCGUUUCAGGGCACAUGACGAGCACCUGCAAGAUGGCUCCCGACUCCGACCCCAUGGGCGUUGUUACACCUAGACUAAGAGUGCGAGGUGUCAAGAAUUUACGCGUCAUCGACGCUUCCGUUAUGCCCUCCGUUCCCUCAGGCAAUACGAACGCCCCCACGGUCAUGAUAGCGGAGAGAGGAGCUGAUCUCAUCAAAGAAGACUACGGCAAAAUAUAGUAGACAACCAUGCUCUACUGUAGAAUAAUCUAUGCUUUAGCUAUCUUAAUCGAAAAAUAAAUGAAGAAACUAUGGGUUUCUAAAGGAUUCCAUGUGUGAAGAAAAGAGAUGGGUUCUUAACUUCUUGGAUAUUUGAUCAAAAAUGCAGGUAUAUAGUCAAUCUAAAUGGCCUUUUAAGAAGUGCACGUCUCUACAAGUGUUCGCGCUAGUAUUAAUUACGGAACUUUUUACUUGUGAUCCUGAGGCAAUUAUUUAUAGAAUUGAGUGCAGUGCAUUACUGGUUGCACUUUCCUUGAAGCAUGCAAUCUGAAAGUGCAAAAAAUCUUUCUUUGUCACAUGCAAUCUCUAGAAUUUAUUCGUUUUAUUUUGACACUGAUGCUUUUUUGGAGCGAAAUUUAGGAAUGAUUUUAUUUCACUAAGAAUAAAUUCGAGAAAAUAUCUCAAAUCUUGAUACUAACGUCAUUUUUUAGCUCAAGGUGUGUUAAAAAGCUAUAAUGUAAAUGUUCAUUGUUUGAAAUGUGGAAUAAUGGAGUGGGACUAGAAUAAUAUUGCAGCUGCUUCAUCCUCAGUUGAUUCUGUCAUAAACAAUUUACGUUCGAGUUAUACUGAGAGCUCCAGGAAAUUUAUUAACAUAUACUCCAUUGUUUGCACAAUUAAUGGCAGUUGUACUGAGAUGAGAAUAGCCAGACAUGGGUUCGAGCCUUGAGUAGCUGAAAUAAUUUCUCGGUGUGGCUGAUGCAAGGAGGCCGGAGGGCGAUUGGUAGCCGUCAAUAGGUGGUGUUUUCAGCAUGGCCUUGAGUUGAUGUCCAUAAACAAACUCUGGGUACCUGCUACCUGAGUUGAUUUGAGGUCAUUUAAAGUAGUUUUGUAAUUUGGUUUUAUCAUUACUAUCUCUAUUUUAUUGUUUUAAAAUUUUCCAGAAAUGUGAAAAUUAAUUUUCGAGCCACAAAGGACCGACAUCACCACACCGUAUAUCGACCGGUCGAACGCUUUUUAUAGUGAAAAAGUUAAUUAUUCUGCAGCAAUUCAUUACAAAAGAAUUAAUUAUGCUCGACUGCCCAGUCCAUAAAAACCUUAUUAGUGGUGUCGUAUUAAUAAUAAUAGUGUCGGUUAGUGUCAUAUAUUGCGUAAUAUCUUUUUGAUUGAAUUGAGGAUACUAAUGCAGGAGCAUCAUCUUAACGAUCAGAGUUGACUUUCGCAGCUGCUGACUAUGGAAUUAAAAUAUACGGCGCAAA